AUCUCUACAAUUGUUAUAUAUUUUAUAUCAUGGAUACGUGAUCAAAGAAUUUUGUAUAGUAAGGAAUUUUCAGUUCUCAUUGUAUUUUGUUACUUAGAGGUUUUAUCUUCCCCUUCGCAAUGAAUCACUGUGAAGGUUAAAGUGUUUACAAAGUGACAUUAUAUUAAAGUUUGAGCAAAAUUUUAUUCGUUAACAAAAAUUAUAUAUAAUACAUAUAUAUAAUGUCUUCUUCUGAUUUAAAGAAUUGGCCAAUUUUUAGCUUAUUAGAAGCCAAGUUUACUGCUAAUAUUCGGAUGGUCGUAGUAUAUGGUAAUUUAGGAAAUGAAGCUUUAAUUGUAACAAAAGAUAAUAUGGUGUUUGGUUUGGGAUGCAACAUUACUGGUUGUCUUGGAACAGGCGAUGCACAUAGUACUCUUCAUCCUAAAAAAGUAGAAGCUCUUUGUAACAAGGGUAUUAAAACUAUUGCUUAUGGCAGUGGUCCUCAUGUAUUGGCGCUUACAAACAAAGGAGAGGUAUAUUCUUGGGGACAUAAUAAUUUCUGUGAAUUGGGUAAUGGAUCAUCGAAUCAUGGAUUGGCUCCGAAUCAUGUAGGAAUGCCUUUGAGUGAAAAAGUUGUGAUAGACGUUGCGUGUGGAAGUCAUCAUUCUCUUGCUCUAACGGAUAAAGGAGAGGUUUAUGCAUGGGGACAAAACAACUGUGGACAAGUAGGUAGUGGACUCAGUUCUAAUCAGGGUGUACCACGUAGAAUAAAUUCUGCUUUAACUGGUAAAAAAGUUAUCUCCAUUACAUGUGGACAGACUUAUAGUAUGGCAGUUACAAAUAAUGGUGAAAUUUAUGGAUGGGGUCAUAACGGAGUUGGACAAUUGGGAAAUGGAAGUUAUGCUAAUCAAUUGAAUCCAUGUAGAGUGGCAGGUUUAGUAGGAAUAAUUAUAGAAAAAGUCGUCUGCGGUUAUGCACAUACGCUAGCGUUAAGUGACGAAGGUGUUCUUUACGUUUGGGGGAGUAAUAGUUAUGGUCAAUUGGGUCUUGGUAAUAAAACAAAUACUUGUGUUCCCAUGAAGUUAUUUGUAAAAGAAAUGGGAAGAGUAUCUGAUGUAGCAGCAUUACAUUAUAAUCAUAUAAGCGUUGCAAUUGGAGAAGGAAAUAGAGUUUUUAUGUGGGGUCAAUGCCGUGGACAGAGCAUUACAAUACCGACACCUACUCCAUUAGCAAGUUUGCAUGAUGCACUGGCUUGUUAUGCAUCACCAAGCGUAAUGCAUCGUCCAUUAUAUCUUUAUGCAGCAGAAGAAAUAAGUAUCGUAGAUUGUAUGAGAGAGGCAUUUAAUGAUUCUACAACAAGCGACUUGACGAUACAAGUAGAUGGUAAAUCUAUUUAUGUUCAUAAGGCUGUAUUAAAAAUACGAUGUCAAUAUUUUAGAACUAUGUUUCAAGAGGCUUGGGCAGAAAAUAGUCAAAGUGUUAUCCAACAUGAUCAAUUUUCUCAUGACGUUUAUAAGUCAUUUUUGAAAUAUUUGUAUACAGAUGAAGUCGAUCUUCCUCCUGAAAGUGCAUUAGAAUUGUUAGACUUAGCAAAUGUAUAUUGUGAAAUGCAAUUGAAAAGACGAUGCGUUCAAAUAAUUAAACAAGGAAUCACUGUUUUAAAUGUGGCUUUUUUAUAUAGUACAGCGAUCGAGUACAAUGCUCAAGAGUUGGAAGAGUUUUGUUUUAAAUUUGCAUUAAAUCAUAUGACUGCGGUAAUACAAACACCAAAUUUUGCUAAAUUAGACGAUAUAACAGUGAAAGCAUUUAUAAUUAAAGCUGCUAAAUCAGGAGCUUUUAAAACAUAAAUUUUGUGAUAUAAAGGAUCUUGUCAUUACAAUUGUAUAAGUUAUAGUGUAUUAACAUAUUAACAUAAGACAAUAACCAAUGCAAAAUAGUCUUCUUUAGAUGAAAGAAAGAAAUCGUCAGACCAAACGAUUAUUCUGAAUAAUUGUUACGCGCGAUCAGUUUUUUAAUUUUAUUACUUAAAAUUAAUUAAGAUAAAUGCGUGAUGUGAUUAAUAACAGUCGAGAAUAAUUAAUGUUAUAUUAUUUCCGAGAAUUUCUCAUAUUGUUUUUGCAUAAGAGAUAAGGAAGUUCUUAUAUUUCAUAUAUAUUCAAAUAUUUUUCAUUUUUUAACAUUUGUCUAUUCUUCUGUUUUUUCUUUCAAUUCUUCCAAUUGUUUUAUGUUAGCUUCGCUAUGUAUUUCAUUAAUGGGGCUUAAGAUAUUUGAUUCUUUAUUAGUUACAUAAAGUAUAAAAUUUGCUAAAUAUCUUGUCACUUUACAUACUUUCUUAGAGCCACCACUAGUAAUAUCGCUUAUACAAACAUUUUUUUUAUAAAUAUUCUGUUACAUAUUUGUUUUAUUGAUACAUGUAAAUUAAUAAUGCUUAUAGCAUCAGUAUCUCCUCUAUUCUACAACCUAUUUAAUUGUUGCUCGAAAGUUGUCUUGUUAAUCGCAUCAACAUCAAUCUUAAGCCAUGUUAAAAAUGUUACGAUUAAAUUCAUAACAAAUUUCUCUAUAGGAUUUUUUUUAAGAUUACGUAUCCUUGAUAGAAAAUUAAUGUCACGCAACAAAUUCUGAAGUUUUUUUAAAUCAGAAUUUAUAAUUGUUUCGAUCGAUGAAUUACAAAUAAUAUUUUAACUUAUUAUAAAACAUAUAUAACAUAAAUCUAACAUAAAUAUAAGAACUGUAAUUAAAAUUGACUGUUAUCUAUCAUUCUUAAAAAAUAAUAUAUAAAAAUACGUAGUAUAAGUUUGAUUCCAAACUUUUUGGACACCCUGUCUAUAAAUGACUGUCAUGUACAUGUAUUUUUAUAUAAUAUUAUUCCUUUAGAGAAUGAUUGAUAACGGUCAAUUUUAAUCACUGAUUUAUUCGGUAUCUAGCACUCAAAAAAUACGAUAAAGAGUGUUAAAUAAAUAUGCCUUUGGGAUUUUAAUUCUUUCAGCUCUCAUCUUUGAAAGUAUAUAGUAGUUAUGUCAAAAAAGUAAAAAGUAAAAAUGAAACGAAAUAAGAAAAAAUAAUCAUACUGUUAGACUUAAGAUCGUCAUUAAAACAUAAUUUUAUUUGUUUCUCGAUUUAUGAACAUUUAUUUCAGAGUUUGUUACAAAAAGAAAUAAUACUAAUUAAAUAUUUUAAAUAAUCAGUUAAUAAGUCAGGAAAAAUUUAAGUUUGAUUACACGAAGUAACAUCGUUUCAUACCUACAUAUAAAAUAAUUCCAAUUAUGUAAAAUUUAUUGAAUGCGAAUUAUUUUCAUAUUAUAAAAAUAGGUGAAAUAACAAUUUCAUUUGCUCAGAUGUUUUAUAGGAGACCAAGAAAUCAUAUUAAUUUGAUCAUUCCGAUUGCAAUGCAUUUAUAAUAGAUUUAUACGAAAAGCACGAUUAAAUAAGUAACAAUUAUGUACAGAAUGAUGCAAAUUAUUAUACAAACCAAUAAUAUGAUUUAUCCAUUUGUUUACUGAUUACGCAUACUGAAUUUUCUUAUUUUAUAUCUUUGUUUUUGUAUAUUAUAAGAAUAAAUAUUUUUAACGAAA